GCGUGUGUUUACUCUCAUCAGUCAGGGCUUUUUAAUUAAUUAAAGAAAUGAAAUAUGGUGUUAUAUAAAUAAAUACGAAUAACAUUAUCGUCAAAACUAAUCUUGUUAUUGACUUUCUCGAUGUUAGUAAAUGAAAUUGUAUCGUGGCUAUCGCAGACCCACAUUACCCUCGUCGAAGCCAUGACGCUACCGACGGUCCGCAUAAACACAUUCAUACAAACUAAAUCGAAACCCUUCGUGGAUAUCUUGUCCAAAAUAUAUAUGAUUGGCGGGCUCCUCAUCGGCAUUAAUAGAAUACCCAUUCUAACCGGCAACUAUAUUCUGAUAGUGUUAAGUAUAUUUUACUCCUUGAGUGGUGUUUCUGCUAUAUUGUAUAUCACUUUUUCUAAAAACAAUUUCUUUAUGGGUCUUAUUCUGUGUUUGAAUGUUCUGUCGUAUGUGUUUUGUGCUUUGUAUAAUUUAUUUUCCUAUAAACGAAUGUGUCGGUAUUAUAAUGAAAUCAAUAAGUUUGAUAUGGAAGUCGGUUGUAGACCAAAAGCUGAUCCUUUGUCUAUAAGGUGUUACGUGCAAGCGUGUGUUUUAACUGUCUAUAUCAUCGUAUUGUUUUUUAUACCUUACGGAUUGCCGACGCUGACCCAAUAUCUGUUCCACAUAAUACCUGUGCAUGUUGCUGUCUCUUGGGAACUCCAUUACUAUGGUCAUGCGAUAAGCCUCCUGCUUCCUAGAUUGCGUUUGAUCAACUACUAUAUGCAAUUAUCCUUGACCACUUCCAAAGAUAUAAAAAAAACUGUUUCUAGUAAAUACGUUUUCUUCAAAAAAUGCAAUGAUAAUUUGAACUCUCAGAUGAAAAAGAUAAUGGACUUGUACUACAUAGCUUUUCAAGCUAACAAUUACUUGAUUGCGGCGGUUAAAUGGCAGCUGCUGAUGAUAAUUGUUGCGUCGUUUAUUUCUGUGCUGAGCUACUGUUAUCAUUUUUCGUUAAACAUCAUCAGAGGCGAGCAAUUUGUGGAUAAUAUGAUAUCUGAUUUUGGCCUCAUCGCGACUCUAAUGGUCCCUAUGUUUGCACCUUGCGUGUCCGGAAGCCAUAUUCACAACGAGGUGCGUCAUCUCAGAGAACUGCUCGCUUCAAGACUCUAUGAAAACAAACUAGAUAAAUCGUGUCGCAGCAUUGCCAGGGCGUUAUUGGAGUUCACGGAAUACCGGGAUUUUUCAUUCAGACUCUUGCGAAUAUUGGAUGUUGAUAUUUCGUUACCAUUUAAAUUUGUUGGUUUGCUCGUCACAUAUCUUAUUAUAUUGAUGCAAUUUGAAAAAGUUAUUAAUCCGCCGUAAGAAAGCUUAAAAUGGAACGAUUUUUGUAUUUUGUCAAGUAUUGAACUCUUCGUGUAUACGCGGGAACGGGAGCGAAAACGGGAAAAAAGAAAAAACGCCUUUUUACCAUGUGUACAAUCAACGAAUCCUUCCAUAAAAUUAAAUUGACGAUAAAUCUACGUGAAUGAGUUGCUGUCGCUGAUUUCAAACUAUUUUGUAAACUAAAAUUAUUGUCUAUUGUUAAAGUACUAUCUUCUAAUUUAACUUUUGCGUUUGAAGAGCAUCGAUUUGAUGUGUACUAGUAAUGUGAUUAAAAAAUGACGAUAAGGUAAUGUGACCGAAAAGAGCCAUGUUGUUUUUGUAUUGUAGGGCAACAAUAGACUGCAAUUUUUGUUAGUUCUUUUAUUAUGAAAUUUCAUUAUAUGUUUCAAAUCAAUCAAAGGCUUUUCCUUGUAUUAUGACCAAACGUUUUCAUUAUAAUUCAAGUUUAGGGGGGCUUUCAACCGUUACGUUAUUUUACUAUGUUAUAUGUUCUUUUAAGUGAAUACUUUUGAGGUGUUUGUUUGUGCUGUGUUUUUGUAUAAAAAAAUGUAUA